AUGGAGCUGAACGCGGACGCUCUACGAUAUCUGGCCAGUGGCAAUCCACUUUUCGGUGGUCCAUUCCCGUUUGCAGCCGCUGGUGGUGUUCCCGGUGUGGCUCCGGCAGAUGCAUUCCGUGCUAUGGCUGCCCAAGCCGGUUUACCGUUUCCGGUCAUGUACCCGGGUAUGCAACCGGUCAGUUUCCCCUAUUGUUUCUUUCUUUUUGACUUUCUUUUCUUUUCUUUUCUNCCGUUUGCAGCCGCUGGUGGUGUUCCCGGUGUGGCUCCGGCAGAUGCAUUCCGUGCUAUGGCUGCCCAAGCCGGUUUACCAUUUCCGGUCAUGUACCCAGGAAUGCAACCGGAUGUCAAACCGGAAAUGAUGCCUGUUGGUGGUGGACCAAUUCCUAGUUUCGUAUUUGACGUGAUGAACCCUUAUCACCCUUAUGCUGCUGGUCUGGAUGGUGCUCGACGGAAGAACGCCACCCGAGAAACGACGGCUCCGCUGAAAGCCUGGUUGACUGAUCACCGCAAGAAUCCGUAUCCGACGAAAGGCGAAAAGGUCAUGCUAGCCGUAAUGACGAAAAUGACGCUUACACAGGUGUCCACUUGGUUUGCAAACGCUCGAAGACGUUUAAAGAAGGAGAACAAGAUGACGUGGUCACCACAAAAUCGCCGUAGUGAUGAUCCCGAUGAUGACGAUCUGGCCGACAUCGAUGCCAUCAGUGGAGUGGAUGGCAUUGACCGCCCAUCCAGCUCCAUGUCCGACAUGUCCGAGAAGAAAGGCGGUAAGUCUCCAGCCACCUCCGUGACGAAUAACAACCUCAAAGACGCCUCCGAUGUCAGUACACCGAAGAAAGCCCCAGGAAAAAUCUGGUCAAUAGCCGACACCCUCGGCGAGUUGUCCGACUCGACGACGAAAGCCGAAAGUGAAGCUAGCAGCUCGAAAAAGGUCAAUCCUCCUCCUCAUCCGUGA